UCGGAUUUAUUUUAUGAUAUGAUCACAUGACCACUGACAUAUAUAAAUAUAUCGCAGAUGGCCCGUUGCAACCAAGUUUGGGCUAGAACUGUCACGAUGCGUCUUCUGGUUCUCUUGGCUGCACUGGCUGCGUGUGGAGCAGGUGUUCCUCUCACCUCCCCCCGGCCUAGACUCGACGGACGCAUUGUCGGCGGUUCGACAACAACAAUCGACAGUUUCCCCCAUCAGCUGUCGCUGAGGUAUGACUCAUCUCACAUCUGCGGUGCGUCGGUAAUCAGCACGACCUGGGCCGUCACUGCAGGUCACUGCAUCGUCGGGGCCGCCAGUCGGCUGUCACUACGAGCAGGCUCCACUUAUUCCAACUCUGGUGGAACGGUUCAUCAGGUGUCCCAGGUCAUCAGACACGCAUCGUACAACGAAGACACUAUCGAUUACGACAUCGCACUUCUCAAGGUCAGCAGCGCCUUCAGCCUCGGCACCAACGUUCAACCCAUCGGAUUGCAGAGCUCAUCUGUGUCUGCUGGAACCAAUGUCGUGGUCAGCGGAUGGGGAACCACUUCUGAGGGAGGUUCCGCCAGCACCACUCUGCGACAGGUGACCGUACAAAUAGUGAGCGACUCCUCAUGUAACAGCGCCUAUUCUUCAUAUGGAGGUAUCACUGCACGCAUGAUUUGCGCAGGAACCUCUAAUGGGGGCAAGGAUGCAUGCCAGGGAGACUCCGGUGGCCCACUGAUUGCCAAUGGCAAUCUUGUUGGUAUCGUAUCCUGGGGAGUAGGAUGUGCUCGUGCCAACUAUCCGGGAGUUUACACCAAAGUUUCUUCUCUACGCAGCUGGAUACAAACCAAUGCAGGGGUCUAAACAUUACAUCAGAGAGGCUCUAACUCGUUCAAUGACAUAAAAUUAUAUGUUGUCUCACCACGAUUAUAAAUAAAACAGCACAGAACAAAUAAAGGCAAUCACAUAACAAAAAGAUGUCACAUUUUCUAACGUACAUUCCUCAGAACUUGACGACCAGACCGCUAUCACAUAUCUGCGCGCAGUCAAUUUGUUUGACAUGUUCAGAACUGACGUAAGCCAAGUAGCUCAGUCAGAACAUUGGCUAAUCUGCAUGCUGGAAAACCAGGGUUCUAUUCUGGCAGGGGCAAGAAACUUUACUCAUAACCAAAUCCAGACUGACUCCGGGGUCCUAGCCUACCACCCCGGGCUCUUCCCCAGGGGAUAAGGCGACCAUUCCAUCUAGUGUCGAAGUCAAGAAACAGUGAAGAUAUUCCUCCACUACCCCUAAUGUUAACGUGGCGAUUAAUAAGUA